GUGGUGUCAGCGCUAAAGUAUCCAGUGAAAUUCAAAUUCUUUUGAAUAUCUCAUCAUCUUCAGUCUUCCUCAGUCCUAGACAGUACUACCAGAAAAAGAGAAAAAAAAAAAAAAAAAAAAGUAGUGAGGAGAGAGAAAGCAGAAGAUCUUCAAAAAUGGCGGAGAGAGCAAGAGCUGGUCAAAAAUCUCACACAUCAACAGCUGAUCUACUCACUUGGACCGAAGCAUCUUCGUAUGAUUCACCUGCUCCUUCCUCCGCCUCUCGUUCUCACCAGCCGUCGGACGGGGUGAGUAAGGUGUUGUUUGGUGGUCAGAUCACUGAGGAGGAAGCUCAGAGUCUUGCUUCGAGGAAGCCUUGUUCCGGAUAUAAAAUGAAGGAAAUGACUGGAAGUGGAAUAUUUGCUGGAUCUGGUGAUGAUUCUACAACAGAAUCUGGUAGUGCUAAUCCCCAUUCUAAUAAAACUGGAUUGCGCGUUUAUCAGCAAGCUGUUAAUGGAAUUAGCCAGAUUUCUUUUAGUGUUGACGAAAGUGUGACUCCCAAGAAACCCACAUCUGUACCGGAAGUUGCAAAGCAACGCGAACUGAGUGGCACUCUAGAAGCAGAGGCAGACUCAAGGAUCAAAAAGGGAUUGUCAGAUGCCAAGUGUAAGGAGCUCAGUGGAAAUGACAUUUUUGGCCCACCACCAGAAAAUCCUCCUCGUUCAUUGGCUGCUGCGCGUUCAUUGGAGUCAAAAGAAAAGGACAUGGGAGAGCCAGCGCCGCGAGCUGUCCGGACCUCCGUUAGAGUUUCCAAUCCUGCGGGAGGGCAGAGUAAUAUUAUGUUUGGUGAUGAACCUGUGGUGAAGUCAUCAAGAAAGCUUCAUGAUCAGAAGUUCCAAGAACUGACUGGUAACGAUAUAUUCAAAGGGGAUGCACCUGAAGGGUCAACAGAGAAGUCUCUCAGCAAGGCCAAGCUGAGAGAGAUGAGUGGCAGCAAUAUAUUUGCCGAGGGAGAGAAAGUGGAACCCCGAGAUUAUUUUGGUGGUGUUCGCAAGCCACCUGGCGGGGAAAGCAGCAUUGCUUUGGUUUAACCGAGAUCCUACGCUGCUAACCAUGGCUUAUGGCUAUAUAUUGACCAACUUUUAUCUGUAGGAUCAAUGAAGGCUCUUCCUGCCUUCUAUGCCACUGCCCUUUGAGGGGUUUGUGAGCUAGUUAUAGUUAGCUUAACCAUCACGGUAGUAGGUUUUAGCUUUGUAACCUGAAUAAAUUAGCUUCAGACUAUGGCAUUAUGCCAUUAUGUUAAUUUUAAGGAUUUCUGCAUGCUCUGUGGCUAUAUUAGCAGAAUCCUCUUAUGUAUGAUUGUAUUUUACCUUCAAAUCCUCCUUUCAUGUAUGACUAUACGUUUACCGUCA